CGAAAAACUAUGGAAAACAUCCAAGUAGCAGUCCGUAUACGUCCUGAUCCUGAACCUUCCAUCUGGGCAAUUCAUGAUUAACAUAUAUUUCUUAACAAUUAAAUGAGAAAGCCACCCAAUGGAUAAGGUCGCACAACUUUUGCAUUUGAUCACUGCUUCACCUAAGACAGCAAAAAUACAGAUAUCUAUUCCAAGGAGGUGAAAUCAUUGGUGCUUGGAUCUACCAAUGGUAUCAAUGGCACUAUUUUCCUCUAUGGUCAAACUGGUAGUGGCAAGACUUACACAAUGUUAGGUAAGGAAAAUGAUGAAGGCGUCUUAUUGUAGAGUUUUAAGGAUUUGUUUGCUAAAAUUGAGGCUGAUCUCAAUAAGACUUAUGUUUUACGUUGUUCAUAUUUUGAAAUCUACAAUGAACAAAUAUUUGAUCUCCUAAAACCAUCCUCCAAAUUAUAAGAAACCUUACAAGUCAAUGAAGAUCAAAAGAAAGAAUUCUAUGUGAAAGGACUCAUCGAAUAAUCUGUAUCAUCCAUCAAUGAAAUCUUUGAUGUACUCAAAAGAGGAGAAAUCAAUCGACACUACGCUCAAACUGCCAUGAAUCAUAACAGUUCCAGAUCUCAUGCUAUUUUUCGAUUAUAUGUACAAUCAAUCACCAAUAAUUUUAUUCGACAAUAUAGAAGGGAAUAAUCCCAACAUAAAUUUCCAACAUUAGAAUAAUUGGAAGCAGAAAACAAUCAACUUAAAGGAGCUAUGGUAACUGAAAGUGUUCUCAACUUUGUUGAUUUGGCAGGGUCUGAAAAAGUUUCCAAUCACUUUGAGGAUGCUGAAAUCCAGGAUACUAAUCGCAGAGUGAAAGAAGGUCAAUAUAUCAAUAAGAGUUUAUUCUUUCUUACUUAAGUCAUUUAUUUAAAGGCUGAAGAUAAAGGUCAUGUACCAUUUAGAAACUCAUCUUUAACAAAGAUACUUAAAUCUAGUUUAGAUGGAUCAUCCAGAACAUUAAUUAUUUUAUGCAUCAAUGCUGCAGCUCUUCAUUUUGAUUAUUCCAUUUCCACUUUGAGAUUUGGGAUGAAUGCCAAAAAAAUUGAAACAAAGGUCUUAGCCAAUAUUAAUUAUUAAAAUGAUGAUGAGGCCUUAAAAAUCGUACUCUCUGAUUAUGAAAAGAAAUUGCAUGACUACGAGAAGAUCAGAGCUGAAGAACAAGAAGCAUUUGAAUAAUAGCUAAAUAAAUUAUAAAAUGAAAAUUAGCAAUUACAAAAUAGAUUAACUACUCAGAAUGUUCAAAAUUUCAAAUGUAUUCCAAAACUAUAUAGAGAAAUUACUUGGGCAGAUCGAUUCAAAUAUGAUUUCCAUUGUGCUGGUGCAGGGGACAUUCUAGUUACUAAUUAAAAAGUGAAGAAACCACCUCAACAUGAUUGUUAAGGUAAAUUAGUUCUAAGUGCUUUAAAAGUAAGCGAAUAAAACAGAAAGACCCUCAUUUCCAAUUAUGAAUUAGUUAAAAAUUAAUAUCUCUAAAUAAACGAGUGCUACAAUCAAAGUAGACUUAGGAUUUAAUAAUAAUAUGAGUAAAUUCAAUCUCUUAAUGGCUAAUACAAUAGAUUAUAUAGUUAUGCAUCUGAAAUGAAAUAGUAGUUACAUUUUGAUGUAAAAUAACUAGAAAGUUAGGAAUUACAACAAAGGAUUUAGUUUUAUUAAAAUUAGUUAUUAAAAUUGUAAAUUGAAUAGAAGGAAAGAGAAUAGUCGAGCAAUUUGGAUUAACAAAAAGUAUAUAACAUUGAACAAUUUAAAUUGGUUGAGUAGAGUUCUUAAAAUGAAAUUGAAGUUCAAAAUUAUUAACAAAUAAAUUUGGAUGAAAUUAUGUAUACUAACAUAGUGGAAGUUGAAAUGGAAAAGGAAAAGGAAAAAGAACUAGACCAAAGCAUUGAAUCUGAAGAAUUCUUCAAAGUAGAGUUUCCUACUUACUUAAGGCAUUCAAAUAAUAUUACCAAGCCAUCUUUGAAUGAAACGGCUUCUUAGUAGACUGUUUAGGAUUUAAGUGAAAUUAACUUUAAAACAGUGUUGCAAAGCUUUAUCAGUGAGAUGGAUGUUCUACAAACUUCUACUCAUCAUAAAAAUAAUAGUACAUCCUGUAAUAAGAAACAAACAGGGAAGUACAAGACACCUGAUAAACUGAAAAAAUAGAGCACCAGCCAAACUACUAUCAGGGGUAAAUAGAAUAUUGAUCCUACUCGUUAAAGUUGUAACAAUAUUCCAAAACCAAAGAUACGGCCUAGGGCAAGUGGAAAUGGAAAUGAAGAGUUGUCAAUUCUGUUGAACAACGCUGAAAUGAGUAAAUAUUGAAUUAUUUUUUAAUUAUCAUUUAUUUAUGGAAGAAGCACGUGAUUUUUCGCAUGUUGGUUAAAAGAUACUAACUAUCGAUAAGUUGUGUUAUAAGAAGUGUCUGAAGAAUUACGAACGUGCUAUGAACGUUAAAGAAGAAGCUUGCUUAAGUAUUAAACAUUUUGAUCAUAGAAAAUUGUUUGGCCAAAGUAAUCAAUGGAAUAGAUUUUCUGCAUAGUCUCAAUAACAAAGGAGGUUUGGAUAGAGCACCAUUUAAAACUGAAGGAGGUUUCUGGUCAAAGUGA